AUGCCGAAGACGUUGUGCAGAACUUCGCAACUCCAUCGCCGAGGUCGUGCUUCCGCUGCCCUCGCGGCCCUCACGGUCUCUUUCCGCCCAGCAAGAUCAAGGAUCCAUUCCAUCUAUCUUUUCUCAUAUCUCAACCUGCAGCAAACGCUGGCUACGGAUAUUGUGCCGUCCUUGAUAUUAGACAUCUCAAACUCACCAUAUAUCAUUCUACAGACUACAGCUACUCGGGACCUCCUUCUAAAGCCAUUCUGGAUUCACGCCCCACGAAUCUGGAAGGUCCAAUCGACUGUCCAGGCCCAUACCAGUCCAAUAAUCUAUCUACCUGACCCUUCAAAUCCACCUUACUGUGAUCCUCCACCAACUGUUCACUUCACCCAUAAUCCAAGCGCGGGUGCGAGGCAAGCCCUCGAAACUAUUCGUCUAGGCAAGCAGCCAUUGAAUCUGGAGGGGGACUGA